AUGGAUGAUAUAGUUCAACAAGCUGUUACCAUUCAAGAUGGAAGUGCUGAAGAAGGAACUUUUACAACUUGCGAAACAUACAAUAUUGAACGAGAUUGCAUUAAUAACGCGAUUAGUCGAUAUGAUCAGGAUACAGAUCAUAGUCGUAAUCAAUAUGCUUCAUAUGGCACCAUAGGAGCAACUAGUAGCUUUAUUAAUAAUGCACCGAUUCGGACUAAUGGCGCAGAAGAAACGAAUCGAUAUCUACAAAGAUCAGCUCGUGAUGUUUUUUGGGACCCAAAUCCACAAGUUAUUCACAAAGAAACAACUGGAUUCCCAGUAACAGCUGAACAACGAGUUAUUCUUCGAUGUCUUCAACCACCACCUCUACCACCACCAGAACAUUAUUUAACCAGAAUUCUUUAUUUUUCUAUUUAA